AUGGGAGUGAAGGUUGAUGGCGGGCAGACACACCAUUUGCGCUUUGCUGAUGACAUCGUUCUGAUAACAUCUAGCAUCAGUCAAGCUGACCAAAUGCUGACCAAAAUCGACCAAACAAGUAGAGGCGUUGGCCUUCAGCUGAAUCUGCAAAAGACGAUGUUCAUGCGAAACGGAUGGGUCUCGGAUGCCCCAUUCACGCUCAACGGAACGAACAUAACGGAAUGCAUCGGAUACGUUAUACGGAGACGAUCGGCUUGGGGAGGGUAUAAGAGCAUCGAGGAUGUAGUGAAGAAGACCAAGAACACUCGGCUCCGUGCUCACCUCUUCAGCACCACCGUACUUCUUGCUUUGACCCAUGCUUCGGAAACCUGGGCAUUUCGCAAGCAGGAAGAAAACGACGUGAGCGUCAUUGAACGCGCACGUUGUUGGAAGAGUUAUGCUAGGAGUGUCCCGCUCGACGCAAAUGAGGGACGGGAUUCGAAGUUUUCUCGUACGUCAGCGAUUGAAGAUUAG